AUGAUUUCGUCACGCUGCCUGCCCUUGCUGUUGCUCCUCAUCGUCCUGGAUAUCUUCGGAUAUACUUCCUUCGCUGCCGGCAGCGUGGCGAUAGAGCCCCGUAUCAUUGGUGGCCAGGUGUCCAGCAUUAAGCAGGAGAAGUAUCUCCUUCAGGUGACCACAUCUACAGAGCUGUGCGGCGGAUCCCUGAUCAAGCCGCGUUGGGUCAUCACAGCGGCACAUUGCGUGUACCAAAAGAACAAGGAUGAGUUCAAGGUGUAUGGUGGUGCCUCCAAUCAGGGUGGACCAUAUGCCACCAUCCGUCUGGUGGAUUACGUGGCCAUUCGGCCGGACUUUAAUAAGAAGACCUUGAACAUGGACGUGGCAGCGCUGCGUCUGACAGCGGACAUGACGGGAGCCAAUAUAGAGACCAUUGGCCUGGCUUCUCAGUCCGUUCCACCUCGCGCCUUGGUCAAGGUUUCCGGUUGGGGACUCACAACACCCGAUGCCACAUCGACGGCCACGCGGGUGCACAGUGUCAUAGUGCCCAUGUGGUCACGUUCCUCCUGUGUGUCCGCCUUCAAGGGCAUACAUCGCAUCACCCGCUCCAUGGUGUGCGCAGCCAAGCUGUACAAAAAGGAUUCCUGCGAUGGUGACUCGGGCGGACCGCUGGUCUAUCGCGGCCAGCUGGCGGGAAUCGUGUCCUAUGGCUAUGGAUGCGCCUCCUCGCUGCCAGGUGUCUACACCAGUGUCCCAGUGAUACGGCAGUGGUUCCUGCGUGUCGUGAAAGAGAAUUCCUGA